CGAGGCAUUUUCCAGAGGAACAGGUGAUGAACAAACCAGAGCAAAAUCUACCAAGAAGCCGGACAGACAACUCCAGAGUUGUUUCAUGUCUGCUGGAUGUGUAACUCCAGCACCACCCUCAACACUCAAGAUUCAAGAUGUUUAUCACCCCGGUUUUACAAGUACACUCAUGUGAAAAUCUUUUGUGUAGAGACUCCACUACAGAAAUGGUCUGCCAUGAACAAGGCCAAAGGUAGGUAUUUUGAAAUGUGCAAUUAGCCUGAUAAUCAUCAAACUACUCUUAAUUAUAUUUAUUGCAUCGCCGAUGGGAGACUUGUUUUGUAGCUGAAGAACAAUCAAUCAAUCACAGAAUCUUAAACAGCAGGAUCGUUGCCUUUCAAGAACAUGUCUUUCUCCACUGAAAGACGUUUAUUGAGGUGUGCUGUAUUUGUUGUGUACAUGAUUUGAGGCAGCGAUAAGUUUACCUGCAGCAGCAAGUGGAUUUACUGUCUAACUUCUCUCCGUGCCAAGGUAAGUUAUAUCUUCAUUUAAACUGUAAUGCAUUUAUCACUCUUAUUCAGAUCAACAUAAAGUGGAUUAACACUUUCUCUAAAUAUGAUGUUUGAUGUGAUCACCUGAUUUGAUGAUGUGAGUAAAAAUCACCUGUUUCUUUCACGUUGCAUGCUUUAAAACUGUAAUGUUUUGUCACAUAGAUUCCACACUGUGACUUUUUUGUCUUCUGUUUCCAUAGAAAAUAUAACCGUCUUGGAAACUUGAAAGUGUGCAUUAAAUUGUUGAGUAUCCUUAAAGUUAUGUUCGUAUGUUAUGGUGAAUUUAAAGCUAGAAUAAUGUUAGCGGUUCAUCUGAACAAUUCCGAUUAAAGUGUUUAUCCAUUUUUUGAGAAAAUCUAUUUUUAAAGAAGUCUUAACAAUAGAAAUAAAAAACCUCCCCCUCAGUGUGACUUGCUGAACUAAGUGUGAUAUUUCCAUACACUCUAUCGUUCACAGUAUUGUCAGCUUUUGUUAUCUAUAUAUCACGUUGCUGCUAUAAGUAGUUGGGUGUGAACAGAGAGGAAACUAUGAAUAGCACAUUGACCCUUUAUCUUGUACAGUGCUCUGCGAAACUGCAUUACGAUUAAUAGAUAUAAUGCUUUGUUAUUGCUUCAUUGCACCAUGUUUAAAACGGAGCAGCCGGCGGGAGAUUUACCAGUUAGCCUGGAGCCAUUUUGUCUGCCACAGCUCUCCAGGUGCAGAGUCACACAAGAUGAGAGGAGCAGCUAUGAGUUUAACAGUGACAGCGAGUGGAUUCCUUAUCUUCCUUCUCCCUGUUCCAGUAAUACAGGGUCAGGAUGGCUGGGGAGUGAAUUACUCUUCUGCUGAAAUCUGUGGCGUUAAAGGAUCAACAGUGGACUUAAACUGCACCUGCACAUACCCAUCCAGCAUAAAUGGCGUUAAUACAACAGUAAAUGAAACAUUAUGGUUUAUCAAAGGGCCAGAUCAUGACCCGCAGGAUCUGUCAACAGAUCCAAACUACUCAGGUCGUGUUGAGUAUCUUAGUCAUGAUGACAACAAUUAUAUUCUGAGAAUCAGAGACCUGAGAGAGAGCGACUCAGCUGAGUACAAGUUCAGGUUCAUAACAAACCAACCAGAUGGGAGAUAUACUGGUUCACCUGGAGUCACUUUGAGGGUGACAGACUUCCAGGUGCAGGUGAAAGUAUCAUCUUUAUAUAUCUGGCACAAUAAUGGACAGAAAAUGGAUGAAGAAACAUCUUCUCAUCCAGCCUCUGUUAAUGACAAUGGCAGCUAUUCCUGUGCUUUUAGACGACAAGGCGAUUACUCUCCUCCAGAGUAUAUGCCAAAAGUUCCCUCUGUGUCAUUCUGUCCCAGUGGUGAGAUAGUGAAUGGCAGUUCAGUCACUCUGAGCUGUAGCAGUGAUGCUAACCCAGCAGCUACUUAUACCUGGUACAAGAAGAAUCAACACCACCGAUCUCUCAGUAGAGAACCACAGCUUGUCUUCAGACCCAUCCAAUUACUUGACUCUGGAGAGUAUUACUGUAAGGUUGAGAACAAGCUUGGGAGUAGAACAUCUGAAUCCAUUUCUAUCGACGUGAAAUAUGCUCCAAGACCUCCCUCUGUGUCGAUGAGUCCCUCUGGUGAAAUAAUGGAGGGCAGGUCAGUGACUCUGACCUGUCGCAGUGAUGCUAACCCAGCAGCUAAAUACACCUGGUACAAGGAGAAACAGAUGUUGUCUGAGGGGCCAGAUGGCACCUACCAUUUCUCUUCCAUCAGCUCUGAGGACAGAGGGAACUACUACUGCAAGUCUGAGAAUAAAUAUGGACAGAUCAACUCUUCAUCAGUCUUCAUCCAUGUCCUGUAUGUUCCAAAGCUUCCCUCUGUGUCAGUGAGCCCCUCUGGUGAAAUAAUGGAGGGCAGUUCAGUGAAUCUGACCUGUAGCAGUGAUGCUAACCCAGCAGCUAAUUACACCUGGUACAAGGAGAACCAAACACUGAUUCAAGGACCAGGGGAAAAGGUCCAUUUCUUCUCCAUCAGCUCCAAGGACAGUGGAAUCUAUCACUGCAUGUCUGAGAAUAAAUAUGGACUGAUCAACUCUUCAUCUCUCGUUAUAGAUGUCCAGUAUGCUCCCAAGCUUCCCUCUGUGUCAGUGAGCCCCUCUGGUGAAAUAAUGGAGGGAAGUUCAGUGAAUCUGACCUGUAGCAGUGAUGCUAACCCAGCAGCUAAUUACACCUGGUACAAGGAGAACCUGCUUCAAACACCAGGGGGAAGUUACCAUUUCCCUUCCAUCGGCCCAGAGGAUGGAGGGCAUUAUCACUGCAAGUCUGAGAAUAAAUAUGGACAGAUCAACUCUUCAUCCCUCUUCAUUAAUGUCCUGUAUGCUCCAAGACUUCCCAUUGUGUCGGUGAGUCCCUCUGGUAAAAUAAUGGAGGGUAGUACAGUAAACCUGACCUGUAGCAGUGAUGCUAACCCAGCAGCUAAUUACACCUGGUUCAAGGAGAAUGAUGACUCACCAAAAGCUUCAGGACAGCGCUUCACCAUCACUGACAUCACACUUGAGCACAGUGGGAAUUACUAUUGUAAAGCCCAGAACAGAAGAGGACAUUAUAACACCACCUUAGAUCUGAAUGUUGUGGCUGGAGCAUGGAAAUCUAUAGUUGCUGCCACAGUUCCUGCCAUUUCCCUCGUAAUCCUACUCACCUCUGUCUUUCUAUGGAUCACAAAGAAGAGGGGUUCUAAGCAAACUUCUGAGGCUGGAGAGAGACCAGACGACAGGGAGCAGAUACAACCAGCAGAGCAGCGGGUUCAAAUUGAGUAUGCCACUGUCUACUUCACAAAUAAACAAACCGAUCCCAUCUACUCCAACAUCAGACCAGCUAAUGCCCGAAGAUACAAGGAUAAAAAUGAUGAGGAAGAAAUGGUUGAAUACGCUGGUGUGGCAUUUAACAGUGCCAGUAGAAGUUGGAGAACCAGAAGUCUGGAAGCUACAGCUGAGCCGACUGCAGUGUACAGCAAAAUCAACAGAUUCCACAAAAAACAUGGACAGAGGAAUCUGUAGUCUGCUCUGCUGAUGAAGGUUCUCAGUCACCCAGGUCACAUUAGAAUGCACUUGGCACACAGGUCAAAAUGAAGGACAUGUAAAGUGUUCACAAAUCAUUGCAAUUGACUGUUAAUGUGAUUUGUGUAACAUGUUUUAGCAUGGCUCUCUCUUUCACUUACUGACUGAUUUGAUCUUCCCCUAGCUGGAGAACCUGCAUGGAGGCAGGUGUGAGAAGUUGUUGGACUCAUUAGAAUGAUGAACAUUAUUCCUGACUGGCUUCCUAUCCACAGACACAGUUGUUUUGCUAGAAUCUUACUAGAACCAGGAUUUGAAAACUGUGUCUCUGUUGUGCAUUUCACUUUUGGUGAGCACAGUUUUCUGUACAAUAUACAGGGCACCACUUUUUCACCCUCUUGUUUUAAAUAAUGCAGCAAUUCAGUCUAGCUAAAAGCAAAAAUGUGUGAUGUGUAAUGUGUAUACCCUGUGAACAGUAAGAUGUGUGAGUUGUUCUCAUGGAUUUUCUGAAAAUCUUGAUGCCUCAAGCAGAAGAACAAAAUAAUACCAUUAUUGCUGCCAGAGAAAGAGACCUUGAAGCUAGAGAGCCACUUGGAGCGAUCACCUCCUUUUCCUUUUCUAUUUCAAAGCUGCGAACUCUUAGUUAAAAUCAGUGUACUCUACCUGGAUGGGCUGGAAAACCCUGGAUACUGCAGCUAUUGUGUCGCUUGAAUUCAAACAGUGGAAGAAACAGGAAACUGCAGAUGUAUGGACAGCACAGUAGAGAUACCAUGGCUCUCACUUUUUGUGUUUUGGUGGAGGUUUGGACACUUGCCUGAGUGACACUGAAAUACAUAACUUUUUAUUUUAAACAACAAAAAAACUCCACAUAAUCAUGGACAUUUUUUAGGUGUUGAUAAAGAGACAAAUGUGGGGGCAAAAUAAUUUCAAAAUUUCAUUUACUGUGACUCACAGAUUUAUAAUUUAUUGCACACUGAAACUAUGACAGCGCACUUUACUUGACCUGCAGUUAUAUUUGAGCUGUAAAUCUCCAUUAAGUCCAUUUUAGUUUUUUGGGGGUCAUUUGUUGUAAGCAAAGUAUCUUAAGUUUUGAGGUGCUGUUCAAUUUAAACAAGUUCUGAAGAGUUUUUGAAAUAUGUUAAAGACUUUCUGAAAUUCUGCCUCUGUUCACAUAGAGUUUACAUGUAGUGGGCAGGUGUAAGUAUUUACAAUCAAAAUUAAAAGAUGUGAUUAAUGCAUUCCAUACAGCUGCAGUAGCAACAAGAUUAAAUUUGUCUUUUCUCA